AUGUCAUUGAUCAAACCUGGCACCUCAGAAGUACUACCAGGACACGAUGUAAAUCAACCCUGCGGCGAACCCUCGAUACCCCCCUCGUCCUCAUCAUCAUCCUACACCGCCGCUACCGCAGCCCCCAUUCCAUCCAUUCGUAACGACUCCAGGAAAUCCUAUCUUGACGUCCCUUCGUUCCGUCUCACUUCCCGACCGUCCCUGGACAGCACAUUUACCGAACUCUCCGAGUUAUCGUUUCACUCAGAAGAGUUACGUGCCACACGCCCUCUCAUCCGCACAGUGCCUGGAGAUGACGGCAAAGCACCGACGUCAGCUUGGUCCCGCUUCGUCGUCGCCCUGCACAAUUUCCACGUGGUCAACUAUGGCGCGAUGCUGGUGGUCCUGGCGCAGUUCUUCGGCGUGGGAAUGAAUGUGAGCACCCAACUCCUUGAAACGGCGGGAUCCCACGGUGAGCCUAUGCAUCCAUAUCAGAUCCUCUUUGUACGGCAGUCGAUCACGGCCUCGUUAUGCACGGCAUACGGUCUCUAUACAAAGUCCAUACCUGACUUCCCCCUGGGUCCCCGAGACGUGCGGUGGCUGCUCGUAUCACGCGGGCUGUGUGGGUUCUUCGGAGUCUUUGGGAUGUACUUCAGUCUCUUGUACCUCCCGCUCAGUGAAGCGACGGUCUUGACGUUUCUCUCGCCCAUCCUGAGCUGCUACCUCUGCAGUUUUGUGAUUCCCGGAGAGACCUUCACCAAACAGCAGCAGCUCGCCGGCUUUCUCAGUCUGGUUGGUGUUGUGUUCAUUGCCCAGCCAGCCUCGCUGUUCGCAUCCUCCUCGCCCUCGUCAUCAGAGGGACCCGUCGUCCCGGCGAGAAAUUCAACCAUGGCGGCCCAAGAGCACCCUCCUGCUAAGCAUGGUCCAACCCCACAUGAACACUUGCUCGCCAUCGCCAUCGCCAUGGUAGGCGUCCUCGGUUCGACAGGUGCCUUUACCUCCAUUCGCGCCAUAGGCACGCGGGCCCACGCCUUCAUCAGCAUCAACUACUUUAGUGUCUGGUGCACCAUAGUCUCGAUGUUUUGUUUGAUUGUCUUUCCCGAGGUCAAGUUUAGACUGCCAGCUAACUCGAUAGAGUGGACCCUGCUGGCCAGUCUGGGGUUGUUUGGUUUCAUAAUGCAAUUCCUGCUCACGGCCGGCCUGACCUACGGUGGACCAUCGGCGCCUGGAAAAACGUCAGCGACACCAGACCACCCUUCUUCCUUUCACAAACCAGGGGACGUGGAGAGUCACGACCGUGACAGACCUGAAAGCUUUAGAUUCCGGUCCAUCCCGAGGCCGACCGCGGCUGGUUCGGGAACACGGGCAACAAGCAUGGUGUACGUCCAGAUGCUCUUCGCGCUGGCCAGUGACAAGAUAUUUUUCAAAAUCACACCCACGGCAAUGAGCUGGGUCGGCAGCGGGCUCAUCCUCGCCGGGGCCAUCUGGGUCGCCGCGGCACGAGACGGAGAGACGACAUCAUCUCACAAGGCGAGCACCGAUAAUGCUAUGCUGCCGGGGCCUCCUAUGCCUGCUGGACGCGGCAGCGGACGUGGUGGGAAACAGACCGAUGCCACCGAGGAGUCCGUUGGACUCACGCAAGAUUAUGAUACCCACGACGAUACAUACGAUGAUGGACACGGGGAGACCACAUCGGCCAUGCAUAAGGAUAAGGAUAGGAGAACCGUUGAGGUUCUGGAACUUGACGAGCUACCACCGACUCACAAUCAUUAG